ACGGAGGUAAGACACGGACGACUACGGGCCACGCGCAGACACACCGUAUUUCCCGCCAGGAGCUCGCGCUCGGGAGCAGCGUGUUUUCAGUCGGCUCGUAGGAAGUGUCGCGUGCAGGCGUGCUGCGCCGUACAACAACAGCGAGAAAUAUUCUCCCAGAGUCGGGUUUCGUGCUCGGUUUUUCGUGUGCAAUCCGUGGUGCGCGCUCGUGCGGUGUUGCCGACCAUUCCGACACAACAGCGACCACGUGCGGGUGCGUUCGUUUGCUGGGUGGAAAGUACAUUGUUUACACGCGUGGAUGUGCAGCAACAGUGUAUAUGGUUGCUCUGGAAGGUGCAGAAGAGUGUUGCAAGUUUUAGUGAUUUUGUGAAUCUAAUACCAAAGCAAAAGGCUUUUCGUUGCGACAAAAAUAACAAUCAAUCGCUGACAGUGACAGUGUUACGCUCGCCAAGCAUAAGGCAGUUGUCCAAUCGUUUGGUGAAACAUUGGUGAAAAGUGCAAUGAUUUCCAACCGUGACAGUGCCCACCAACGCAGAUCGCACAGAGUGCACAAGUGAAAUAGGUGAAGCACAAGUGAGUGUGAGCAGCACCAUUUUUUCCCUCUAUCCCGAACGGAAUGUGUCGAGGGGUAGCGAGCCGGUAACGACGCCGGGCCGGGACGACGAAAUCGAACCGAAAGUGCAAACGCUGAAUUCGUCGGGCAUGUCCUUGAAGCGGCUCGCCGUCAUAUCGGCCGUCGGUUCGCACAACAGCUUCAACAAUCAGACCAUCUCGUACAUCAGCUCGUACAGUGGGGCGAGCGGGAGCGUGGAGCAGGGCGUCAUCGUUGGGCACGGUUCGGGCGGGUCGGGCAGUCUGCGCACCGGUGGCCACCACCAGGGACUGCAGACGAUGCGCCCCGGGGCGAAUCUGCACGGCAAUGUGAACAUCAUGCUCGGCGGAGCGAUGCUAUCGGUGGUCAUCACGGUGGUGUGCUUCGUCUGCUACUGCUGCCAUCGGAACAUAAAGAAGCGCUCCAACUCUCUCUACCGCCAGCAGUGGCUCGACGCGGACACCAACAUGGAAAUCUAUAGCGUGGAACAGUGCUACGAUCCACCGCCGAACGGGACGUCGUCGGGUGACUUUUUUAUGGACGGCAGCAGCAGCACGGCCGGCGACUAUCAGUCGCUCCCGACUAUGAUCACCGCCAGCGCGAGCGCAAUAAAUCAUACCACCGGCCACCAUCAUGCACAGUAUCCAUCGUACCAUCAGCAGCAGCAUUAUCAUCAGCAGCAGCAGCAGCAACAUCAUUACCAGUACACACCGUACCCGAACGGUCCACCGCCCUCGUACGAUACGGUGGUCGCACAGGACGAGCUGCUGGCAUCGCGCCGCAAGCGCACCUACGAUGCGCUCCCUGCCGACGACACACACCACACACAGGAGGAGGAGGAGGACGUUGGGCAGUCGUCCUCUCGCCGCUGCUCCAACCAUGAGCUACACGAGUGUGAUAAACAAUCGGUCUGUGCGGACGGUGCGACACCGCUUCUGCUGCCGAAGACAUCCCGGCCGCCCGGGAACGGUGACGUAUCGGUAGCGUCUAUCGUGCGCCGCCCUUACAGCGAUGAUCCGGAUGAACCGACGUUCUGCCGCAGCGUCGUCGAACCCGACUGGAGCGAGGAGGGCGAUCACCAUCGAACGAGCUGCAACUGUCCCGCGGUGGUGGCCACCAGCGGCGGUGGCGAAGGUUCCAUUGCCGGCCCGCCAAUUUACUGUCGUAAUUGUGGUUACUUUGUAGCGACCGGCUCGCCAGCGCUGGAACGACGGACCCAUCGUCGCAGCCACCGACGGAACCUCCCAAUCGAACGGACGCGUAACGAGACACUCCUAGUCGAUUAUGAGACUCCAGCCAGCGACGUUGUCAAUCGAAACAAUGUCACCGAUGAUGGCGGUACCGGCCAGACGGUGGACACGGUUGACAUUGACAUGCGGACAACAAUGCAGAUGGUAGCGUCGUCUUCGACCGGCCCCUCCGGCCGGUUCGAUACGAUGAACAACAACGCCAGCAGCAAUAGUGCGGCUAAUGAAACGCAAAGCUCUCCAGCUGCAUCGAAUUUAUCCACCACCGCGCCACCACCACAACAAUCAUUAGCCAGCACGGUAAGCAGACGGAGCAGCAGCUUCUUCGGUGCAGCAAACAGUGCAAAUAAUAACAUCAUUAUCGAUUGUUCGGUGGGGAUUCAUGGUGACGCUGCUCCCGUGACCGGCGACAUCAUCCAUCAGUGUCCAAGCACGUCCAAUCAGUGUUGCAAUCAGCUCGAUAGUUACUUACAACCGGGAGCCGGGGACAGGAACGGCAACACCGAUACGGCCGUAGCGCCGGUCCAACCCGCCGCCACGGGUCCAUCGCCAUCGUCGUCCGGAUCGCCGGGCAGUUUGCUGAACGAGAACGGUUUGGUGCGGCUAGACAUGAGCCAAAUCAUCGACAACACCGGUCUACCGACGUACGAGGCGGCCUUAAAGCUCGAGUCCAGUGGAUACGUGUAGAACAACAGAAAAGUAAAGCACACUUAGGGGAAAAAAAACAAUUGGAACACCAAAACAACACUUCAAAAAACACACAUUUUAACAAACAAAAUUUAAUGGCCUUUUAGGGAGUAGAGCUUCGUUUUGCUUGUUGUUGAUGUAUAGGACACAUCUUGCACCCACAAAACAAGUAUAGAAUUGUGUAUCACUACCCUUCAACUGUGUGAAGUGACGGCCAUAUCUUAUCACAUUGCGUGGAUGCAUUUUAAUGGUAGCGCCCGCAACAACUCCCGCCAGGCAGCAGUAAAAAGAUUUUGAAUAAUUUUUUGUGAAAUAUGUAGUGCGUGUGUUGUAAGGCUAUCUAAGUCCAAACGAAUGGAAAGCAAUCAAGAUGCAAGGCUGGGGAGUUUUUACAUGAUUGAAAGGUUUUGGAAAGGUUUUAAGGGAACUACUGGUGGAAAAUGCUUUAAUACUACAGCUUAACUCCCUGAUACAGAUUUUUUCACAAUGAGUUUCUACGAUGACGUUAAGAUUCUUGCAAGAAAUGAUAAAAAAAUAUGUUAAAGAUAUGUUUUCAAUGAAGAACUUGAUGUUAGUAGUUGAAGAAUAAAGUAUCCUUUUAUUUGGAAUAUCUAAUGCUCUAUUACAGGGUUUUCCGAGUCAAUUUCGAAUGUAAACAUUGUUAUUCACCGCAUGCAAAAUGUUGUUCCACAUCCAUCUGACAUUGCAU